GUGGACCGAAACCACAGUGGCAUGGUAGGCAUCAUCAUCGACAUCGUUCAUUGGGUUUGAGCGGUAGAUAUAAGACGGUGAGAGGGAAAGAAACGGAAGAAGAUGGAGGAGCUCUACUAAGUAAGCAGCUCGCCUUACCUCACCUCCAGAAACGUUAUCCUUGAAGGUUGAGCUUGUUCCAGGUUCAUACUCAUGGCAACUGAAGCGAACAACACCCUCCAGUCUAUAUGCUACAAGCGGGGUUCUCUUCAGCUACUCGAUCAGAGAAAGCUGCCUCUGGAAACUAGUUACUUGGACAUCCGGGAUGCGACAGAUGCAUGGCAUGCAAUAAAGGAUAUGGUGGUUCGUGGUGCACCUGCUAUUGCUAUUGCAGCAGCACUUUCUCUGGCAGUUGAAGUGUUUAACUUGGAGGGUUUUGAUGGGACAUCCAACGACGCGGUUUCUUACCUAAUAAUGAAACUGGAGUAUCUUGUAUCCAGCCGGCCAACUGCUGUCAAUCUUGCAGAUGCCGCAACAAAACUUAAAGAAGUUGUAUCAAAGGCUGCCUCCAAGGCUUCAGAAGCUACGAGUGUUUUCCAGGCAUUUAUUGACGCUGCUGAAAUAAUGCUUGAAGAUGAUGUUGCUUCCAAUAAAGCUAUUGGGUCUUACGGAGCUAGUUUUCUCCGCCUUCAGCUCAACAACUUUAAAAAGAUUUCUGUAUUAACGCAUUGCAAUACUGGCAGUCUAGCAACAGCUGGAUAUGGUACUGCCCUUGGUGUAAUCCGCACACUCCAUACCGAAAAAAUGUUGGAAAGGGCCUUUUGCACAGAAACACGUCCAUUCAACCAAGGGUCUAGACUCACAGCAUUUGAGUUGGUACAUGAUAACAUACCUGCCACUCUCAUAGCAGAUUCUGGUGCAGCUGCAUUGAUGAAGGAUGGGCGUGUGAAUGCUGUAGUUGUUGGAGCAGAUCGAGUGGCUGCAAAUGGGGAUACGGCCAACAAGAUUGGAACCUAUAGUCUUGCCAUACUUGCAAAUUAUCAUAACAUUCCAUUUGUUGUGGCUGCUCCUUUGACUUCCAUCGACUUGUCCAUUUCGUCUGGACAAGAAAUCAUAAUAGAGGAAAGAUCCCCAAAAGAACUAUUGAACACCCGCGGAGGGCUUGGGGAACAAGUUGCUGCAUCUGGAAUAUCUGUUUGGAACCCAGCUUUUGAUGUGACCCCUGCUAAUUUGAUUGCCGGCAUUAUCACAGAGAAGGGUGUCAUAACAAAGACGGACAGUGAUGCUUUUGACAUUAAGGAUUUUGUACACAAGGCAUCAAAGAAAUGAUAUGGAAAGCCAUGAUGCAGAAGGCGUUCGUCCUUGUCGCGUGUUUAAUCUUUAAAAACUACUUUCCGUUUGUGGUUAGCCUUGCCCAACUCCUUGAUUACAAAUUUUCUAUAUAUGUAUUGGUAAUAUGAUCAAUGAAAAAGUUAAACUAUAUAAGAAUAAUUCUGCGCUAGUCGCUUUGAUGACUUUGAAUUCAAUGAUGAGAAACGAAUAAAUUUUCUUUCA